AUGUCUUCCGAGAUUGGCGCGUACCUUUUCCGGAGAUUCGAUUCCGCCUCUCUCCAAGAAAUCAGCAACAUCACUGAAUCUCAGGGCACAUCUACUCUUGAUCAAAAGGUCGAGCUCCCUCGUGCGGCGAGUGAAAAUGAUGAAUUCGAGGUUCGGUUUGGAGGCAAAGAAGAUCGUGAAAAUCCAAGGAACUUUCCUACGACCAAGAAAUGGAUAAUCAUGGUCAUCAUAUCUUUCAAAAGUGCAUGCGAUUCCGCAAUAUACACCGCAACAUACCAGCAAAUCACAAACGAAUUAUACUGCUCCGAACUAAUGGCCACAGUCGGGCUCUCAACUUUUAUUCUCGAUAUGGGAAUUGCGCCGCUGUCCUUGUCACCAUUAUCAGAGUUCUACGGUCGCCGCCCGAUCUACCUCCUCUCCCUCUCCCUCGGUCUGCUCUGGCUCCUCACCUGCGCCCUCGCCUCCAACAUCCAAAUCCUAAUAAUCGCCCGCUUCCUCAGCGUAGCAGGUGCAAACGCAGGAGAUCUAUUCUCCCCCUCCCAGCUGCAGCUCCCGAUGACGAUAUAUUCGGGCAUCCAAUUCAUGGGUCCGGAAAUGGGCCCCAUUGCCGGUGGUUUUAUUAACUAUUAUGCUAGUUGGAAGUGGACCUUCUAUUUUAUGAUGAUCUGGACGGGGACGGGAUUGGUAGCGACGAUGUUCUUUGUGCCGGAGACGUACAGACCUGUGAUUCUAAGGCAUAGAGCGGAGAGACUAAAGAAGGAGAUGGGAGAUGAGCGGUAUCUUGGUGCCGACCUGGCUCCUACAGACCCGGUGCUGAAGACUGUUUUGUGGUCGUUCUUUCGGCCGCUGCAGAUGCUGGUUCUGGAACCAAUGUGUCUCAAUCUGUGUCUCCACUCUGCAGUCCUGCUUGGAAUUCUGUACUUAUUCUUUGGUGCAUUCCCUCUGGUGUUCACGACGAAUCAUGGCUUCAACCUGUGGCAAGUUGGCCUGACGUUCCUGGGGGUGGCGAUUGGGAUUCUGGGCGGUGUUGCCACGACUCCUCAUUGGCAGAGACACUACCUGCUUUCCAUGAAGAAAGGACAGAGGACAGGAAGUGUAGAUGGAGAGGUCGAGCCAGAGUGCCGCUUGCCGCAAGUCAUGGCCGGAGCGGUGCUUGUCCCCGUCGGCUUGUUCUUUUUUGGCUUCAUGACGUUUUCAUCUGUACAUGGGAUAGCGCCCAUCAUCGCAAGUGGAGUUUUCGGGAUGGGCGUCUUCCUAUCAUUCUCCGGAACGUGGAUGUUCCUCGUCGAUGCAUAUCCACUGUAUGCAGCCAGCGCACUUGCAGCCAACAGCUUCGCGAGGAGCGCUUUCGGUGCCGCGUUUCCGCUUUUCGGGAUUCAGAUGUAUGAGAAGCUGGGAUAUGACUGGGCUACUGCGCUGUUGGCUUUCAUUACACUGGCGAUGGCUCCAUUCCCAUAUAUAUUCUUCGAAUAUGGAAAGAGGCUGCGAGGCAGGAGUAGAUUUGCACAAGCAAAUUGA